AUGUAUAUUAUUUUAGUCUCAUCGGAUUUACCAAAUCUUGGUAUGGAUGCAAAAUGGAAGCGACAUGGUAUCACAGUAGCUGGAGGUAAUGGACAAGGCAGCAGAAAUAAUCAGUUAUCUAAUCCUUAUAGCUUCUACAUCGAUGAAGACGAAACUAUGUACAUUGCUGACUCUAAGAAUCAUCGUAUUGUUGAAUGGAAAUGUGGUGCACCAAAUGGUGAUAUAGUUGCUGGAGGAAAUGGAGCUGGAAACCAGAACAAUCAACUGAACUGUCCAGCACGUGUUAUAGUUGACAAGGUAAAUGAUUCUUUUAUUAUUUCGGAUCUUGGUAAUAAAAGAGUGAUACGAUGGCCUCGUCAGAAUGGCACAAGUGGACAAACAAUCAUCUCGAACAUUACUUGUUAUGGAUUAACAAUGGAUGAUGAAGGUCAUCUCUAUGUUUGUGACUCCGAUAAACAUGAAGUGAGAAGAUGGAAAGUGGGAGAUACAAAUGGAAUAGUAGUAGCAGGCGGUAAUAGACAAGGAAAUCAACUUGAUCAGUUGAGCCAGCCUUGUAACAUUUUUGUUGAUGGAGAGAGCUCGUUGUAUAUAUCAGACUAUGGAAAUCAUCGAGUGAUGAAAUGGAUGAAAAGUGCAAAGGAAGGUAUUGUAGUUGCUGGUGGUCGAGGUCAAGGAAAUAAACGGAGACAACUGUUCUCUCCUCUAGGUGUGACAGUCGAUCGGCUAGGUAAUGUCUAUGUGGCAGAUCAAUGCAAUUCUCGAAUAAUGCGUUGGUCUAAACAUGCUAUACAAGGUAGUAUCAUUGUUGGCGACACUAAUUUAGGAGCAGAAGCAAAUCAACUUCAUUAUCCGGUGGAUUUGUCAUUCAAUAAACAAGGGAAUCUUUAUGUCAUCGAUUAUGGCAAUCAUCGAGUACAGAAAUUCAAUAUCGAUUCAACUUGA